UCAUCAGGGGUUCAGAUGUCGCGCGACACUUGGCAAAUGAUCCUAGAAACACCGCGACAUCUUCCCAGAUCAACUACCAACUCCAGGCACUGUUUUGCACCAAUACGAUGAGUUCCCAAUUCUGGGCUCUGAACGCGACCAAGAAGCGCAAUGAGCUCGUCCCAGGAACCUCCAAGUGGGUGGCCAACGAGCUCUCCACCGUCAACGACGUGGUGUUGACCCACAACGAGCAGGUGUUUCAGAGCUUGCAAGAGAAACUCGACCACAUGAACGCGUUUAUGCGCAGCGUGUUGGACGGAACCAUCGCCCUCGACGCCAUACGACGGGACCCAAGCCCUUCCCACUUCUCCUACAUCCAUCCGACCACCACCAUCCCCCAGUCUUCGCCUGUGAAGACGGCCCCCCCUCGGGAACCACCCACCUCCAAGCACACGUUUCCCAAGACACCGUCUCCCGUGAAGCCUCUGCCAAAAACCUCUCCCAGCAUCGACUCCUCGUUUGUUCCCAUAGCCAGAACCAUCGACCCCAACAAGAACGCCCCACCCGAGCUCACCAAAGUACGUUCCAGCUUGGACGACUCUUUCCAGGCCAUCAGCACCGCCAUCCGCAAGAGUAUAGCAGGCAAAUCUGCCAUCGUGGACGAAACGAAAAAACCAUCUCCCGAAGUUUCCACCUCCAAGCAAGAUUCGUCGAAAAAGUCCACCAGCAAGACCCCCAAGAGAAGCUCCAUUUUCGUGUCUUUGCCGUCGCGAGAGCCUAUAACCAUCACAGCAGCUUCAAAGACGUCUUCAAAAAGGCUUACGGGGGUCAAGAGCAGGUCUCUGAGAGUGUUUGAACGCCUUGACAUUGCCUCGAGAAGAGAAACUUCGACCAUGAACAAAAAUAUGGUUCUAUCUCCUGUUGCAAUCCCACGGAGCACCCCACUUACAUCACUAGAAUACAAACUUGAGUUGUUGGACUCGAAACCAGAACUUCCAAAACCAGAGUAUCACGAUCAAAAGAAACCUGAAAUACCGUCCAAUACUACCAUGGGAGAGGAAAAGCCCAAACCCGAGAAUUCCCGCCCUGCCAGCAAAAGCAACACACAUCCAUCCAGUUUAAACGAAACAAAGAUCCCGGUAUUGAAAAAGAGCCUAUCUAACUCGAGUCCUAAGCGUGAAAAUACCCCCAAUGGACUUAUCCAAAGUGAAAUUAAUCUCCCAUCUUAUAUGAGGACCACGUCAAGCCGUAGUAAUAGCUCGUCUCCAGUUAGUUCGCCCCCAAAACAUACACAAGUGAAGCGUUCUCCACGAAAGUCACCCGUGAAGAUAUCACCUACCAAGACCCGUUCUCCCGCUAAGAAGACUGAACCCGAGGAAACUAGCAAUGAAUCGAAAUUGCUUAAUAGACUAAUGGCUCCUACAAGUUCCAGUGCUGCCAAGAGCAAACUGCAGGUAGUGGGUGGUAAGGUAUCUAAACCUGCUAAUGAAAUCAAAAAGCUAGACUUAAGCACAAAAAACAGAUUCCUCACUACCACCCUCAUUCCAACAUCAACCCCCCAAUUCAAUCCGCAAAAACCUCCUCAGUUCACAAGCUCUAAAGUCAGCUCUAAAGCUUUAGUUUCCCCCAUACAAGCAAAUAAGAUUGUGGAUGAGAUAGAAUCAAAAACCCCUAUGCGCUUGGAGUCUAUGCUGAUUCCUUCUUUGAAGAAGAAGUCUAUGAUGGCAGAAAGAAGUGAAGCUGCUGCACAGAAACCCAAGCACAAGAUAACUAUCUCCAUGAACCAUAAAAUAGAUUUGAAGACUUCAAAUCCCAAAGGAGCUCCUGAAAAAGAGCAAACAGACUUUAUUGAUGCGAAGAAAAAGGUACACAAGGGGGAAUUGACGAAGCAGUCGAAGGGAAACUCGGUUGCUUUACCAGAAGUCGCUAGAGGAAACUUCGGUAAGACUCAAGAGAGUUCAAAGAGAAGAAAAAUAGCGAAAGAGAGUCAAUCCAGCGAACCUAUUUCAAAGGACAUAUUACCCAAUGAUCUCUUUAAGGAACAAAAAACUCCAGGAAGGUCAAUUAGCAAAUCUCAGAUUCUUGGUAAGAAAGCUAGCAGAAUUUCAGGAGCUAGAACACCAUUCAAAAACAAAUUUGAUACCACUAAUGAGCUGGAGACGCCCGGACCGAUCACCCCUGGUACACUACCAGAAAUACAUUCUGAUGAAGAUGACGAUGACAACAAAUACAAAGUAUUAAAGAGCUGGGGUCAUACUCCAGAAUUGCAUAAGAUAAUCAUGAAGAACAGGAACGUGGAUCCAAGCUCAGUUUUCGGAGCAGUGCCAAAGAUUAAUAUUGAGGAGAUAUUCGAAUCACAAGCCUCAAGAAUGAGAGGAAAACAAUCACCAUAUCUUUCGCCCAACGAGAAACAACGAAGACACGAGGAACGGCAGUAUGUGCUAGAGAUGGGCUACAAGUGAUAAGUUUUGUAACACAAGAAAUAUCUUGUUCACGGUAUUUGUAUUCUCUCCGAAGGUCAACGGUGAUUUCGUUGGCUACAAUUAUUUCAGCAUUAUCCUAUAAUUG